AUGUUACUCCGCAUGAUCAGAAUGACCAUAGCUCUCGGACUGGAACGGGGUGGGGGACUGUGCAGGUUCAUUGGCCACGUGAUCCCGGACGUGGGCAAUCUCGACUCGACCCUGUCCACGCUGAGGUUCGGCGAGCGCGCUCGGGGCCUGCCGUCCCGCCUCUUGAGGUUCAAGACGGAGCCUCAACUCCAAGGACUGCUUCAGAACGUGCAGGAGCACCUGACGCAAACCAAGAAAGACUUGGAGAUUGCCCGAAUGCUGACAAACCUGCCUGCCUGCGGCUACACAUCGCAGGACUACGCAGAUUUCACUGGGCAGUUCAUCGAGAAGUUUGAACGGGGAGAGAUAGACGCUCACGCGCUGCUGACAAACGUAGACCCUAAAAUCACGCUUCAAGUCUUCAAGGAUCUGCACACCAGAUGCGUGGAGGAGAGGAAGGCGCUGGAGCAGAGGGCGGCGGAGUGCGAGGAGAGCCUGCUCGCGGCCCGGACGGCCCUCGAGAGCGGGUCCCCGCGGCCGUCCCUGGCGAGCAGGGGAGCCGCUCGCAGGAGCACCGGCGCCAAGAGGACCUCGCGGGCAGAGCCGCGGGCCGUCGGCGACUCCACCAAGUCCGGGAUAAGCAUUGGACCUGGACUAGUUUCGGAAUUUGAGGGCCCUGCAACUCGGGACAUGAAACACAAGAAAGUUGUUGGCUCACUCAAAGAAAAACCAAUUCGUAAAAAAAGGUGAACCAGAAAGAUGUGCCAAAUGCCUCGGUACAAAAGCAACUACCAAAAACUUCAUUACCAUAUGUAAAUGAAGCAAAUUUCUAUGAUAUUACUACAUAUGUCAAGACAUUUAUCAUAUAUAAUUUAGGUGCAUACUAUUUUGCAAUAAAACAAAGUGUACAUUUUAA